AUGGCCACGAAUGUUAUUCCAACUCUUCUUACAUUACCAGUAGAACUUGUCUACCGAAUUCUAGACCAUCUUAAUGAUUUCAAUAUUUUAUACUCGACACAAAAUAUUUGUAAACGUAUCAAUGCAAUCCUCAACAGUUACCAUCGAUAUCAGACACUUACUACACUCGAUCUCCGUCACAAUCAUAUAGGCGCCCACGGAGCACAUCAUCUUGCCAAUUCUCUCCAAAAGAACCAAACACUCACCACAUUGGAUGUCAGUCGUAAUCAAAUAGGUGAUCGCGGAGCACAGCAUUUUGCCAAUGUUCUUCAACAAAACCAUACACUCACUACACUGAAUCUCAGUCGCAAUCGAAUAGAUAAUCAAGGAGCAAAAGAUUUUGCCAAUGCUCUUCAAGAAAACCAAACACUUACUACACUGGAUCUCAGUGACAAUCGGAUAGGCGAUCAAGGAGCACAGCAUCUUGCCAAUGCUCUUCAACAAAACCAAACACUCAUCACACUGAAUCUCAGUCGUAAUCAAAUAAGUGAUCAAGGAGCACAGCAUUUUGCCGAUGCUCUUCAACAAAACCAAACACUCACUACACUGAAUCUGAGUUACAAUCGAAUGGGUUUCGAAGGAGCGGAAUAUUUUGCUGACGCUCUUCAACAAAACCAAACACUCACUACACUGAAUGUCAGUUACAAUCGAAUGGGUUUUGAAGGAGCACAACAUUUUGCUGAUAUUCUCCAACAAAAUCAAACACUCACGACACUGGACUUCAGUCUCAAUCAAAUAGGUGAUCAAGGAGCACAGUAUCUUGCCAAUGCUCUCCAAGAAAAUCAAACACUCACAACACUGAAUCUCAGUCACAACCAAAUAGGCGAUCAAGGGAUACAAUAUCUUGCUAAUGUUCUUCAACAAAACCAAACGCUCACCACACUGAGUCUGAGUUACAAUCGGUUAGGUGAUCAAGGAGCACAACAUCUUGCCAAUGUUUUCCAACGAAAUCAAUCACUCAUCACAUUGGAUCUUAGUCUCAAUCAAAUAGGUGAACAAGGAGUACAAUAUCUUGCCAAUGCUCUUCAACAAAACCAAACGCUCACUACACUAAAUCUGAGUUACAAUCGAUUAGGUGAUCAAGGAGCACAACAUCUUGCUAAUGCUCUCCAAAAAAAUCAAACGCUCAUUACAUUGAAUCUGAAUUACAAUUGGUUAGGUGAUCAAGGAGCACAACAUCUUGCCAAUAUUCUUCAACAAAAUCAAACACUCACCACAUUGGACCUCAGUCUCAAUCAAAUAGGUGAUGAAGGAGCACAAUAUCUUGCUAAUGCUCUUCAACAAAAUCAAACACUCACCAGACUGGAACUCAGUCGCAAUCAAAUGAGUGGACAAGGUGCACAACAUUUUGCCAAUGCUCUUCAACACAACAAAACACUUACUACACUGAAUCUUAGUUAUAAUCGGAUAGAUCAUGAAGGAGAACAACAUCUUGCCAAUGCUCUCCAACAAAGCGAAACACUCACUACAUUGAAAUUCCUUUGA